GUUCUUCGCGAAGCAAACGAUCGCCAAAGCGACAGUCGCAACAUGCAAGCUCAGGUCCAUGGCUGCACAGAUCCAGGGAACACCGUCAAGGAGAACCAGGAUACCUUCCUAGCGAUACGACACAAUACCCAUGUUGCCUUGGCUGUCUUUGAUGGUCACGGGAAGUCGCAUGGCAAGCUCGCUGCCGAAACAGCCAAAGCUUUCUUCGAGCACAAGUUCCAGCAAGAUCACACGUACGAAGAAUUGCGUAUUGACGGCGAAGCGACCCUUCGACUCCUCUUUGAUGAAUGCCAUGCCACCAUCCGACAGGCCUUCCAAGCAUACUACGAGCGCCGAAGGUUGCAUGCCGAAGAACGCAAUGGAGGGUACCUAGUCGUCAAGCAAGGAAUUCUUCAAAAGUCCCUGCUAGUCCAAGGCGGCACCACCGCGUCGAUCGUGGUUGUGCUCGACAGCGGGGCUACCAUGCUCUGUGCGAACGUUGGCGAUUCGUCGUCGUUGCUGUGCGUGCCCAGUCCCUUGGACGCAUCUUGGUCAUCCCUUCAAGCGUCAAGUGUACUGCAUCUCCUUCGAAAGCACAACACACUGCCGCCCGUGGCAGUACCCGUGGAAUUGCCCGAAUCCACGUCCGUGGUGCAGCUGUGCGGCGACCACUCCCCCGAGUGCAUGACCGAGUUCCAGCGCACCGCGUUGGCACGAAGCGUCUCGACCAAGCACGGCAACAUGCCCGAGCUUCUGUUUGUGUACGACAGCCUCAUAGACGGCCACUCGAACCAGCGGGUCAGCGUCCGCGAAAAGCACAUUGCGCUCGAGAAGUCGCCCGUGUUUACCGUGGUGAACGACGUCGUGGCCAAGGCGGGCGAAGGCAGCUACUACAAGAACGUGCGCCAGGAGUGGGCGUCGCUGUGCUGCACGCCGGCAAAGGCCAAGUACCACGAAUCCCUGGCAUUUACACGGUCCUUGGGCGACUUUUACAUCCAUUCGUUUGGACUUACCCAUCAACCAGACGUGAUUCAAGUGGAUGUGGCGGCGCUGAUGAGGCAAGAAGCGUGGACGACGGUGCUCGUGGUCGUGGGCAGCGAUGGCAUUUGGGACGCGUGGGAUUACGCGGCUUUCAACCAAGUGUUGUGGAAGGCCAUGGCAGACCACAAGAGCGCGCUCCCCCUUGUCGCAGAUGACGUGAUGCAGCAAAAUAAACAAGUGUCAGCGCAAGUGUUUGGACCGGCGGUGGACAAUAUGACACUGGUCGUAUGUAGUUUAACCAUGAACGGAUCAAGUUCCAGCUAGGGAAUAAUACAUGGGUCGUGUCGA